AGCAAUUAUUAUUGUUAUUUUUUUUGUUACCGCUAAUGGCUACUCAUCCUCAUAUAAAUAUGCACAAAAUCAAGCUUGAACUUUGAUCACUCAAGUCCUCAUUUCACUCUUUCUCGGAAAAUAAUAAUAUCAAACUAAACAAAAACCUAAUCAAAGGUAAAAAUGGCAGGACCUCGACUUUCAAUGGAGGUUGGAAACGAUGGCGUCGCUCUCAUUACUCUUUUGAAUCCUCCUGUUAAUUCCUUAGCAAUUCCGAUAAUUGCGGGAUUGAAAGAGAAAUACGAUGAAGCUUUGAAGAGAAAUGAUGUCAAAGCUAUUGUUAUUAAUGGUGAGAAUGGGAAGUUUUCAGGCGGUUUCGACAUUAAUGUUUUUGAGAAAGUUCACAAGACUGGAGAUUUAUCUAUAUUGCCGGAUGUAUCAGUUGAUCUUUUGGUUAACACAAUUGAAGAUGCAAGAAAACCAUCUGUUGCUGCUAUACAAGGACUUGCACUUGGAGGUGGCUUAGAAUUGGCUUUGGGAUGUCAUGCACGCAUUUCUGCACCCAAAGCGCAACUUGGAUUGCCUGAGCUAUCGCUUGGAGUUAUUCCAGGCUUUGGAGGGACACAACGUCUUCCGAGGCUUAUUGGUAUAAAGAAGGCUGUUGAGAUUAUGCUUUCUUCAAAGCCGAUAACAUCUGAAGAUGGAAUGAAGCUUGGCCUUAUUGAUGCUGUUGUGCCCCCUCAAGAGUUGCUGAAGGUAGCACGUUUAUGGGCAUUGGAUAUUGCUGUGGGAAAGAAGCCUUUUAUUAGAUCCCUCCACAUGUCUAAUAAGUUAGGUUCCCUAGCUGAAGCACAUGAAUUCCUGAUGAUGGCUAGACAAAAGGCGAAACAGACUGCUCGGAACAUGCCUCAGCACCAAGCCUGCCUUGAUGUUAUUGAGGAGGGUAUAUUACGUGGAGGCUAUGCUGGAGUAUUGAAGGAGGCUAAAGUUUUCAAAGAGCUAGUUCUUACGGAUACCGCCAAAGGUCUAGUGCAUACCUUUUUUGCUCAACGUAUGACAUCAAAGGUACCAGGUGUUUCUGAUGUUGGACUAAAGCCAAGACAUAUCAAGAAAGUUGCUGUAAUUGGUGGGGGUUUGAUGGGUUCUGGCAUUGCAACAGCUCUACUGUUGAGCAAUAUACAUGUUGUUUUGAAGGAAGUUGAUGCUGACUUUCUUGCCAAGGGAAUAAAAUCUAUUCAAGGCAACAUCAGAGGGUUAGUGACAAGAGGUAAGUUGAUACAGGACAAGGCAGAGAAAGCACUUUCAUCUCUUAGCGGUGUCUUGGACUACUCAGAAUUCAAAGAUGUUAAUAUGGUCAUUGAGGCUGUUGUUGAAAAUGUAUCUCUUAAACAAACAAUAUUUAGUGACCUGGAGAAAGUCUGCCCUCCACACUGUAUUUUAGCUACAAACACUUCAACAAUAGACCUUGAUUUAAUUGGAGAAAGGACAAAUUCUCAGGAACGAAUUGUUGGUGCACAUUUUUUCAGUCCUGCGCAUGUCAUGCCUCUACUGGAAAUUGUGCGGACAGAUAAGACUUCUUCUCAAGUUAUUCUUGAUCUCAUCACACUUGGUAAGGUCAUUAAAAAGGUGCCUGUUGUGGUUGGCAACUGUACCGGGUUUGCUGUCAAUCGAGCUUUCUUCCCAUACGCCCAGGGUGCCCAUCUUUUGGCGAAUUUGGGGGUUGACGUCUUCAGGAUCGACAGAGUGAUUAGUGAUUUUGGCCUACCUAUGGGACCUUUUCAGCUUCAAGAUUUAACUGGAUAUGGAGUGGCACUUGCAGUAGGAAAGAUAUUCCGUGCUGCCUUCCCUGAUCGUACUUUUACUUCUCCUUUAGUUGAUCUUCUUGUCAAAAAUGGGCGAAAUGGUAAAAGCAAUGGGAAAGGAUAUUAUAUAUAUGAAAAGGGGAGCACGCCAAAAUCUGAUCCCUCUGUGCUACCAAUCAUUGAAGAAUCUAGAAGAUUGACUAAUGUUGUGUCAGGAGGAAAGCCUAUAUCCAUAUCCGACCAAGAGAUCUUGGAGAUGGUGUUCUUCCCAGUAGUGAAUGAGGCAUGUCGUGUUCUAGAUGAAGGAGUAGUGGUUCGAGCAUCUGAUUUAGAUGUAGCUUCUGUUCUUGGAAUGAGUUUCCCUGCAUAUCGAGGUGGACUUGUUUUUUGGGCAGAUACUGUUGGACCUAGCCAUAUAUAUAAUUGUCUGAAGAAGUGGUCUAACCUGUAUGGUAGUUUCUUUAAACCAUCACAAUUCUUGGAGGAAAGAGCUACCAAAGGCUUGUUACUGAGUAUGCCGGCUGCAUCAUCGUCAUCUUCAAGAUCACGCUUGUAGAUAGGAUGUUUAUGGAUCUCCAUCAGCAUGUUCACAGAGGAAUCAUGGCCUCGCUUUAGCAAUUCAACUCUCCACAAAGACUGGGACGGGAAAAAGGAAGAAAUAACCAAUUGAAAUGCAUGAAGUAAACUGCAUGAGAUUUGAAUAUUUAAUAUGUAAAAGAAAAAAGUUUCGCAUUUUCUUGUCAACUGUGUAUUAUUAUUCUUACAAAUCUCUUCCUUUUUUCAGCUUUGAUUCUGGGUUAUUGAACUCGUUUGAGCUAAAGUUAGUUUUCAUAAUUAGUCUGAAUAACUUUAUAAGCAGAAA